CUCAGCAGCCAUCUUCCUCAUACCUUCGUCGUCCGUGCACUUAGAUCCAUCAUCUCUCCUCAAAGCCUUGAUAGUGUUUUUCCUUUUACGGUGUGAGGCGCGAUUCUGGAAGUACUUCGUGUUCUGAUCCCCCUCUGUUAACCAAUCAAUCCGGGAUCUUUGCUUGUAAUAUACUUCUUCUCUUUCAUAUAAUUCAUGUAAUUGAUCCUCUAUAUCUUUUACCUCCUGUCUGUAUCCCGUCCGAGCGCCCCGUUCUUUAGCAUCCACUAACUGAACCUUGAGGUGAGCGAUCUAUUUUUUAAUUGAGUCGAAGACUUGGCGACUCCAUCUGUGCAUGGCUCUCGACGUGAACAGGAGGCGACUGCAUGCCGCGCCGAGUGCGCCAGCCUCCUGAUUGGCUGCAUGGGCUUCGGCCCAUGCACUGGCCACCAUGGUCUCGUAUCCCUCGUGCCUUGCCCAAGCGGCUUCAUAGAUAAACGGCCGCUGUCCUCCAGAGUGCGCUGCGACCUGUGUCGCCUGCACUCUGACAACUAGCGCCUGAUGGUCCGACUCCUCUGUCAUAAUAUGCGUCACAUCAGUUGCCGGGAAUAACUACGCGAACUCCGCAUCGCACGUGGUUAAUUCAGCUGCGUUGAGCACGACGCUCUUCAACAACGGUGCAUCGUGCGGCAUGUGCUUCACCAUCACAUGCGACGCAAGCAAGACACCAUCGUGCAAACAGGGCACGUCAAUCACCAUCACGGCAACCAACUUCUGCCCACCCAACUACGCCCUGGCCAGCGACAAUGACGGAUGGUGCAACCCGCCGCGGCAACACUUCGACAUGUCGCAGCCCGCAUGGGAGACCAUCGCUGUCUAUCAAGCCGGCAUUGUGCCCGUCAACUACAUGAGGGUUCCCUGCCAGAGGAGUGGGGGCAUGAGGUUCACCAUCAACGGGAACGACUACUUUGAGCUCGUCACAGUGGCAAAUGUCGGCGGUAGUGGUGUGGUGUCCCAAAUGUGGAUCAAGGGGUCCAAGACUGACUGGAUGGUAAUGAGCAGGAAUUGGGGUGCCAGCUGGCAGAGCAAUGCUUACCUCAACGGCCAGAGCCUGUCCUUCAAGGUACAGACCGACGACGGCCGGGUCGUCAUGGCCGACAAUGUUGCACCGUCCAACUGGUGGUUCGGUGGCACCUACACUUCGUGGCAGCAGUUCUAACAUCUUGCGAGGUUGAUGUAGGUACUCAUCUAUGGGUACUCAAAUAGUCAGGCCCGAUGAUUUCAUCUGAGGCUGUAUCUCUUCUUUUAUUUCUUUGUAUCUCUAUUUUGCUUGUCCAAGUUUGUGUACUUAGCUUCCAUUAAUUCUCUUGUGGCAUAAGAUCAUUAGAUUAUAUGUAUGUGCUCAACAUCUCAAGAGUAAUUUAUCUUCAAUCAAAUCUUUAGUGUUUAAUACAGGGUCGCCUAUUUGUGCCUAAAUUUUAGUCGAUUUUCUUCGCUUUUGGGUUGAAAUCCAACGGAUGGGACAACUUCCACCUCCCGCUUCUUCCUCCUCUAACCAACUACACACUAGAUGGCCCCCUUCAAAGUGUUAUAUGGACGAAAGUGCCGAACCCCUUUGAACUGGUCAGAAACUGGGGAACAUCCACUCUUCGGUCCAGAUAUUAUCUAACACGCCGAAGAACAAGUUUGCGUUAUCCGCAAGAAUCUCAAGAUUGCUCAGUCACGUUAGAAAAGUCAGUAUGAUCGUCAUCAUAAAGACAUGGUCUAUCAACCUGGCGAAAAGGCUUAUCUUCUAGUCACACCAAUGAAGGGUGCACAACGCUUUGGGGUCAAGGGCAAGCUAGCUCCUCGCUAUAUUGGUCAUUUCACUAUUCUCGAAAAGCGUGAAAAAGUGGCAUACCAGUUGGAACUACCGUCGAUCCUUUUUCAGGUUCAUGAUGCGUUCCACAUGUCACAACUCCGCCGCUGCUUCAAGGACCCAAUCCGAGCAGUGGAUCAUGAAGUGCUCGAGUUGCAACAGGACCUCUCCUAUAAAGAGCAUCCGGUCUGCAUUCUCGACCAAGCUGA